AUGCCUACUCCAAUAGAAAAAAAGCUUGGAGGGCAGAUUACAUUUGACUGCAACAAUGUGAGAGACAAUGGUACAAGUAAAAAACUAUCAUCAACUCCAAAAGCAUUUGGGUUACCACCUAGAUUUAGUGAUUCUGUUACAAUAGGGACUGUAGAUGGGCACAAACUAUUAGUUGCAGCUAAAGUCCCUAAUAACGUUAUAUUACACAAAACAGCAUCAAUAGCUAACUCAAGUGAAAAUAAAAAAAAAUCUUAUAAUAAAUUGAAUUAUCCGAAAAAUAAUGAGCUUUCACAUAAUAGACAUUUGAUAAAGCUAAACAAAACUCCCAAAUCUGUUAAGUUUGGAAAAGAAUCAGAUUCAUUAGUAACCAAUACAAAAGUAGAGGAAAUAAAUUCGAUUUUCUGUUCAGUGAAUAAGGAUUUAGAAGAAUUAUCUAGACAAAUGUCAAUUCAUAUUCCAUUAGAUACUACUAAUCGUGCAAGUGAAGAUAAAGAUAUAAAUUUGACAUCAUUAGAUUUCCAGCAAUCAUCGAACUCAGAUAAUGUAUAUUCAAAGAACAAAAGUAAAGGUAGUGCAAAUUUGAACUUACUUGAGGUGUCUUCUAUAUCUAGCCCAGGAACUUCCUCAGAAAUAUCCUUAAAUAGUGAGAUGGAAAAUUUUAGCAGUGAUAGUAAUGUUUCAUCUUCAACACAUGAUAGGUCAGUAACAUCACAAUCUACCUCUAAAUAUAACAAAAAGUUUCCACAAUUAAUUAAGAGUCAAACAAAUAUAAUGGGAGAGCUGAUACACAAGUUAUCAAACUCUAUUUCAGUCUUAAAGGAUAUGAUCUUAGGAAGGGAUGAUUUUGUUCAUAUUAUUAGAGAUCAGAUAAGUCAAAGUGAUAGUGAAGUUCUGACUUUAUCUAAACAAAUAGAAAAGAUGCAAAGAGAUUUGGAGCUAGAGAUAUGUGAAAAAAAUAAAUAUAAGAGUAGUAUGAAAAAAUUGUUAGUUGGAAUACAAGAAGGCAAUGUUCAUGGUUCACUAAGAAACUAUCUUGUGGAGAUACAGAGUAUGAAGAUACAGGAAGAAAGACUUAGAUCAAAUUUGAGUGAAUCGGAAUUGACAAUAAUAAAACUACAGCAAGAAAAUAAAAAUCUGAAUGAUGAGAAAUUAAAAGAUAAGGAGACAAUUGAAAAACAGGUAGAUAAGAUUCAUCGCUUAAAUUUAGUUGUAAAUCAAAUUACUCAGGAAAAGUUAGAGUUGAUAGAAAGUAAAGAAUAUCUUAAUGGAAAAAUUGACGAACUAUACGAAACUAUAAAGUGCAGAGAUGAUGAGAAUAUGAUAGCAUUUGAAGAAGUAAAGAGAUCAAGUGAAUUAAAUGGGGUACUACAGGAUCAUGUAAUGUUACUAAAGGCUCAACUGGAAAUAGAGGCUGAAGACAGGUUAACUACAGAGAAAAAAGCUAAGGAAUCUUUAAAUGAAGUAGAUACUCUUAAAGAGAAGAUCAAAUCACUGGAGCAUAGAGAAAGUAUUUUAAUGAGUGCAUUAGAAGAUAGUUCAUAUAGAAUGACAGACAUUGACAAGGCUCUAGAAACACAGAAGAGAGAAUAUGAAGCGAUUAUAUCCAAAGAAAAUAAAAAAUACAAUAAACUUUUACAUGCAUACAAGCUUCAGACUGAAAAAUUAACUGAGAUAGAAGAAAAAUUAAGCCAAAAAAUUAAGUCAGAAGAAGAAUUAAUUAAGUGGAAUAAUGAGUUACAAGAAAGAUUUGGAUCCUUUGAAAAUCAUAUUAGAAGAUUACUGGACGCAAGAGAUAACGAAAUAAUACAAUUAAACGAUUAUAUGGAUAAACAGCUUAAGAAAAAAGAUGAAGAAGUGAAUAUUAAAAUACAGGAGUUAUGUCGUGUACAACAAAAUAGAGAGAAGAAGUUGAUUAACCAAAUUCUAGAUCAACAUGAUGGAUUUGAGAAACAAAGAAUACAGCUUGAGUAUGAAAUACAUGAAAUAAAGGAUAUAUAUACAAAGAAACUUGAUGAUGCUAGAAAGUUAGAAAGUGAGAAACAGACAAGAUUAGUAGAGUCUUUGGCUAAUAAAGAGCAUGAAAUACUUGUAAAAGAACAUUUGAUUCACGAAAUAGACUCAAAAAAGAGUGAAAUAGAGAAAGAGCUCUGCAACGUAAAGCAGAGACUACAGGAAUUGCAAGAUGAAAAGAAUGCUACAGUAGAAAAACUAUUAGCUUUACAAGAGUGGGGAAUUAUUAUUGAAAGUACUCAUGAGAUGGAUCCCCAAUUACAAUUGUCUCUAAAUACAAGGCUUGAAGAGCUAAGACAAAAAGUAAAUCAUUUAGAACAGCAAGAGGUUUACUUGGCUAAUCGAAUUGAGCAUCAAAAUUUAGUCAAUCAAGAAGAUAAUAUGCAGUAG